UAGUCGUAUCGCAAUAAGGAGGAGGAAGGAGAAUCACUAAACAAAUCGAGGAUAAAAACAUGGCAGUAUUAUAGCACGAAGAAGGUGUGUCAGCGAUUAGCGAUAGCAUCAUCAGUGUCGCGAAAAAAAAGCAAAAAAAAAAUCCAUCUCUACAUCUCUUCAUCUUCAUCAUUCCCAUGGGUUGAUCGAUCCUAUGGUAUCGAAAAAAGACCGCAUUCAUAAACAUCCACGGAUUAAAUAUCGGACGAUAUUUUUCCAUUGAAAAAAAAAAAAAAAAAGCAAAAAGAAACAGAAAACGUCGGUUGGGGCUCACGACGUUUGGGUUAAAUUUCGAGCCGAGCUCGAACCCGAAGCCAACUCCUCCCUCUCCUCCCGGUUUUCACACCCCCCACCCCCCUCCUCUCUAUGCUCAGCUCGGUGUGCGUGUCUUCGUUCCGAGGGCGCAAGGCGGGCAACCAGUCGUCCAACAAGGCAUGCGGGAGCGCCGACAUGCCGUGCCCGGCGGACAGCGAGCGCAUCGUGAUCAACUGCGGCGGCGUGCGGCACGAGACUUACCGCAGCACGCUGCGCACGCUGCCCGGCACGCGCCUCGCCUGGCUCACCGAGCCCGACGCGCCCAGCAACUUCGACUACGACGCGGCGGCCGACGAGUUCUUCUUCGACCGCCACCCGGCGGUGUUCGCCUUCGUGCUCAACUACUACCGCACCGGGAAGCUGCACUGCCCGGGGGACGUGUGCGGCCCGCUGUUCGAGGAGGAGCUCGCCUUUUGGGGCAUCGACGAGACCGACGUGGAGGCGUGCUGCUGGAUGAACUACCGGCAGCACCGCGACGCCGAGGAGGCGCUCGACAGCUUCGAGACGCCCGAGCCGGACCCGCCGGACGAUGACGCGGCGCUCGCGGGCGGACCGGACGGAGACCUGCGGCGUCUCUGCCUGCACGAGGACGGCCGCAAAGUGGGCUGGUGGCGCGUGUGGCAGCCGAAAAUCUGGGCGCUUUUCGAGGACCCUUACUCGUCUAAACACGCGCGGUACGUGGCAUUCGGCUCGCUGCUCUUCAUCCUCAUCUCCAUCUCAACGUUCUGCAUGGAGACGCACGAGGCGUUCAACACCAUCUACAACCGGACUGAGAACGUGACGGUGGGUAAUGUGACUCGUGAAGAGGUCUUCACCGAAGUGGUAACGGACAGUUGGCUGACGUACGUAGAGGGCGUGUGCGUCAUAUGGUUCACCUUUGAAGUGUUUACACGUGUCGUAUUUUGCCCGGACAAGGCCGAGUUCUUCAAGAGUCUUCUAAACAUCAUUGACUUUGUGGCCAUCUUGCCGUUCUACCUGGAGGUUGGUCUGAGCGGCCUCUCAUCCAAGGCGGCCAAGGACGUGCUGGGCUUUCUUCGCGUGGUCCGAUUUGUCCGUAUCCUGAGGAUCUUCAAGCUAACGCGGCAUUUCGUCGGACUCCGUGUCCUAGGCCAUACGCUUCGCGCCAGCACCAAUGAGUUUCUCCUGCUCAUCAUCUUCCUCGCUCUCGGAGUGCUCAUAUUCGCCACCAUGAUCUACUAUGCCGAGCGUAUCGGCGCCAGCCCUGAUGACCCCACGGCCAGUAGCCACACAAGUUUCAAGAACAUCCCCAUCGGUUUCUGGUGGGCCGUGGUCACCAUGACGACACUGGGGUAUGGUGAUAUGUAUCCUGAGACGUGGUCGGGCAUGUUGGUUGGUGCUCUGUGUGCCCUGGCUGGCGUGCUCACCAUCGCUAUGCCUGUUCCCGUCAUCGUCAACAACUUCGGCAUGUACUACUCCCUGGCUAUGGCCAAGCAGAAGCUGCCCAAGAAGAAGAAUAAACACAUCCCACGAGCUCCACAGCCUGGCUCGCCCAACUACUGCAAGCCUGAUGCCCUGGCCAUGGCCACCGCCUCGCCUCAGAGGAUCCUGGGUAACGUUCUGGGAGGGGUCAUGGGAUCCGGCGGCCUCACUGCAGACUGUCCUCUAGCUCAGGAGGAGAUCAUAGAAAUAAACAGAGACUCGAAGCAGAACGGUGACGCGGCGAGCGCGGCGCUGGCUAACGAGGACUGUCCCACCAUAGACCAGGUGCUGAGUCCAGAUGAGCGCAGUCCGGUGGGUCGAACACGCGAGCGCUACCAGCAGGACCGAGCCUGCUUCCUGCUCAACACGCGUGACUUCAGGGCCGCAGAAUCAAACGUCCGGAAAGCAGCCACAGGCUAUGAGAAAUCUCGUAGCUUGAACAACAUUUCGGGAAUGGCAGGGUCGUCGCUGCGUUUGACCCCGAUCACCGGCGCGCCCUAUGACCCCUACGAGGCCCCGGGACCCCUGCGCCGCUGCCGCUCACCAAUCCCUUCCAUAUUGUAAAGUGAAAGAGCUACAAGGAAAGUGAUAGAAACUCAGGACAGGGGAACAGGAAGAAGGAAUGGAGGCCAAGUGGAACUCAUUGGAAGCAAUAACCACCAAUAACAAUUCUGAACGUAGAGAGCUCUUCCUCCAUCCUUCCUCCGUCCACUCAGCUUCAGGUGCAUGUGUAUAAGUAGCGCUGAGAGAAGACACCCUGUGUUAUAUUUAGUGAGAUCAGUGUGAAGGUUUGAUUAAAACUAGCUAAUAGGAAUAUUAUCUGGGGGCCUAGUUUCACACUAGCAAGUGAAAAGUUGCUUGUGUUACUUGGCAUCAUUUGCAGACAUGCAGUGAACGCUACUCUUGUGGCUAUUGUGCAGUGUGUCCUCGAAAAAUAGUAGUAUUAAAAAUGUAUAGCCGAUGAUUAUUUAAACAUUAAUGAACUUACAAAGUAAUCAGGUUACAUGCUAGGUUUCGUACUACAGGUUAGCAAAGCAAGAUUUAACUUUCUUUGUAAUUUAUCUAUACACAUUAAGCAAGAGGUCACAUAUUACAGGAUAAGAUGAAAACAAAAUUUAAAAAAAUUUGAGGGUCAAACAGUAAAUGGGAAGGUUGGAUUUAGAUCGUUAGCUACUGUAAUUUUUGUAAAGUUGAGAUUCCUAAUUUUAAAAGAUAUUUGUCACAAGAAAUUGUCACAUACAGUACGUACAUAGAAAAUUAUCACUUGUGGCUUUGUCGCUAGCUAGUGUGAACCUAGGGUUUUUGAACCAUGUAUGUGAUUGUGAAUUAUUGAAGUAACUGUUAUUCUCUUAGCUAUUUAUCAUAGUGCGACUCAAGGAAGCUGAACGACGCUACCUUAGUUCCUGACAUUUCACUAACUUCAUAUGUCAUGGGACUAAAUAAUAAUCACUAAACACAUUAAUGCAAUGAAUGCAUCCAUGAGUAUGCACUAGUAUAGGGUCUUUAUACAAGCAGGUUUAGAAAAAAGUUGAAUUUAUUAUAUAUGCGUUAAGUAAAAAGAAAAAAAACUAUGAGUUGUUUCAUUUAAAUAAUACGAUCAUUAUCUUAACAAGAACGUAAAGUAAUAAUAUCUACCAUGUUUACUUUUAUUUUGCUAUGGUCUAUAUUGUUACAUUCACAUAGAAUAAAUUUAAAGUAGGAUGUAUUAGUAAAGAGAUGCUGCUAGUGGAGCCAAUUAUUAAUUCACAUCAUUAUUUUUUAUUUUAUUCUUAUCACAUAUUGAUAUUAUUAAUGAUUUCUGUUCAUUCAUUUUAUUUUAUUUUUAUUUCUGCGUUUGUACAAUCUAAGAAAAAUACCGCCCAUAAAUAAUCAAACUGCAAAGUACAAAGCAAUUCAGGCAUGAAAUCUCAUUAUAUGUUUUAAUAUUUCCACUCCAUUUAUUUAUUUAUGCAAUUAAAGAAGAAAUCAUUUUGAUCUGGAAAAGUACAAGACCAUUUCUAGUAGAUAGAUAUGCAAAAAAAAAAAAAGUGCAAUAUACCAUUCAUGAUGCUGGAAACGUCAAUCAUGCACAUUUUUAAUUUAUAUAUGAUUUUUUUUAAUGAUUGUGUGUAUGAAAAAGAUUUGGAGAUUAUUAUAUGACUACUGUAGUACUUUCCCGAUUUGUUGGUCCUGUCCUUGUUAAUGUCCUGUUGUUAUUGUUGUUGUGGUUGUUUUUUUUAUCAACUUCCAAUGUAUUUUAAAGAUGAUUGUUUUUAUUGUUAAAAACAUUCCUUUCUUCUCACUGUUUCAUUUGUAUAUGAUAUAUACACAAGUGUUAACUAUCUGUGUAUCGUUUUGUUGGAUAAAAAAAUAUUCAGGUCUAUUGGACCAAGUGCUUCCAGAAUUUCAAAGGAGGGGAAAAAAAUGAC